AUGACCAGGCUGACAACGCUGAAACCUCCAAUGAACAAAACUCCCAAUCCUCUGAAAUUAUUCUUCCUGUUAAACAAACAACAAUGGUUAUUCUUUCUCGUCGGAUUCGCUGGCUGGACUUGGGACGCCUUUGAUUUCUUCACGGUCCCUUUGACAGUCACGGAGAUUGCCCAAUCGUUCAACAAGAGUAAUGCAGACAUUACUUGGGGUAUCACUCUUGUUCUCAUGUUCAGGUCUAUUGGAGCGGCCAUCUUUGGAACAUACGUCCAAUUCCUAGUAGUCAGAGCAUUAUAUGGAAUUGCUAUGGGUGGCUUAUACGGAAACGCCGCUGCGACCGCUCUGGAAGACUGUCCCCCUGCCGCACGCGGUCUCUUUUCCGGCAUACUCCAGCAAGGCUAUGCCUUUGGAUACCUUCUCGAGACUGCUUUUUCAAGAGCUUUGGUUAAUACAACUCCUCACGGCUGGAGGCCACUGUACUGGUUUGGGGCGGGCCCUCCUGUCCUCAUCAUUAUUCUGAGAUCAUGUCUCCCUGAGACAGAGACCUUUCUGGAACGUAAAAGAAUUCGACAGCAGGAGCCUUCUGCUGCACAAACAUUCAUGAAGGAAGGGAAAAUAGCUGUGAAGCGACACUGGGUACUCUUGAUCUACCUUGUAUUGCUUAUGGCAGGGCUCAACUUUUUAGCUCAUGGGACGCAAGAUCUAUAUCCGACAUUGUUGAAGAACCAAUACAAUUUCUCGGCUACCACGGUAACUAUCGUGCAAGUCGUCUCCAACUUUGGAGCCAUUAUCGGAGGUACAAUCAUUGGAUACUGCUCCCAAAUAUUUGGACGAAGACUUAGUAUGCUCUGCAUGUUCGUGUUAGGAGCUGCGUUAUUAUAUCCGUACACAUUUAUCCAUACGAAGGCUGUCAUUGCAGCGGCAUUUUUCCAGCAAUUCGCCAUUCAGGGUGCCUGUGGCGUCGUGCCAAUUCAUUUAAUGGAGCUUUCGCCCGCAGCUCUUCGAACCUUCGUCGUGGGUACCUCGUAUCAGUUGGGCAACCUUGUCUCGUCUGCUUCAUUAACUAUCGAAGCUACUAUUGGACAAAGAUUUCCUCUGGGUAAGGCUGCAAGCUUGAAUAGCGGUAUGACCAAUCAGUAUGAUUAUGGUAAAGUGAUUUGCAUAUUUGCUGCAUGUGCAUACGCAUUUCUAUUUAUUAUCGUAAUUAUCGGGCCAGAGAAAUUGGGCAUUGACCUUUCUUUUCAACAAAAUGCAAAUAUAACAGAGGCUAAUCAUGGGAAUAUGCAAGAAACAAAUGGCGCAGAGAAUAACGCUGACUUGGAUAAACAGCGUGGGGAACAUAUUGAGUUCUCAAAUACCUAA